AUGCCAUUUCGACUGCCAAAGUCAGUAGAUUUUGGCAUACGAAGCAUACAUUUCGUCAAACCUUUACCUUUUGAUAUAAAUAAGGGUCUCGCACCAUUAUUUUCAAACGACGCCUUGAAGGAAUUAUGGGAGUAUCAGUCUUCUCUCAUUGAUACACUAAACGGACUUGUUGCCGAAGAUACGGAAUUCGAGCAGGAGCACAUAUAUAAUGUCAUUGUGAAAACUGCGCAAGUGCCUGAGAAGGCCCAGUUAUUUAAUUGCGCGUCUCAAGUGUGGAACAAUGAUUUCUUUCUGCAAACCUUGGAAUGUCACGGUUCCGACAAGCGAUCAACUCCACUUCAGAAUUCGAGUGAAAGUAUCAGAGAUGAAUUUGGAUCGUUCGAAGAUUUUCAGAAACACUUUAAGUACAUGGCCUUGGGCUUGUUUGGUUCAGGCUGGACAUGGCUUGUAUUAACCGAAUUUCGCGUCCUCCGAGUGAUCAACACAUAUAAUGCAGGAACUACUCUCGACACGACACGACUUCAGCCUUACGAUCCCAACAACUUUCCCUCACCGCUUCCGAACUCACCGUUCCUUUUCACCGCCACUUCUCCAUUCUCGCCAACGGCCAAUAUUAACGAAUCAACGAAACCUCUUCCACCACCACUCAUAAAGUUGGCUCAGGAACCACCGCACAAAUCUAAAUUCACUCCCAUUUUGGGAUUGAACUGGAAGAACGAAUCACUGCCUACAAAUCGCGAGCAGAUUACAUUUUUACGCCAAUUCCAGGAAUUAAUUCCACAAGGUCAAAUAUCAACCGAGCAAGGAUUGGAAAUCCUGAAAAAAAUGAUAAUUUACCCAUCACAGAGACUACUUGACUUGAGAUGGGUAUCUCUUCUUUUUGAAAAUCGUUAUGAUUCAACCAUUUUGAAUUCUAUUUUGUCAAAUCAAAAGAGUCUUAAACCGAUCAACGAGAAUAGCCAUCUCUAA